AUGUCUCAUGGGGAUCCAUUACGAGUGAGUCAUCCAUUGCACUUUCAACGGUCAAGCUUAAAAAUAGAAGCACCAGUCGGGUUAACACAUGCCAUCUCAAAUAUGUUGAUGUGGAAUCGUCUCGAAAAAAAAUGGAAUGGAUUACAAGUGGGUCGUCAAGGCUCUUACUCAAUUGAGCGUCUCGAAAGCUUCAAUGCGUACUGCGAUGUCACUUCUCGCGUUCGUGUAAUACUAGUGUGCUUGCUCACUCCAAUACCUACUCUCGCGGUUGCAAUCUUUUUGGAGUGCCUUCCGCUCCGCAAGCCGUCUGAAGGAUGGAGAGCCAACUGGAUGUUUUGGGUUCGUCUGGCAAUUGCAGUGUUCACGAUGAUUUUGACAGCCAAUUUCAGUUUUGCUUCAUUUAUUCCGGUCUUAAAGGUGUCGCUUCUCAAGAUUUUUAACAUUGCUUUUUCACUUACGGUAAUGUACAUGACUACCAUGCUGUAUAUUUCCAGCAAGGUUGGGUUCCCUCUUCCGUUUAUUGAACAAAUUGGAAGCGUGGUACUUGCAAUCUACAUUCCAGUAGUUUUUCUGCUCGUGUUGGGCACAUCACCAUUCGCAAAGACUUCUAACUGUCGGCCAUACUUUGUGCGAUUCCAGCGAUGUCAGCACGCGUACUUGGCUCUCGCUAUCAUAUACCCAUACUACAAAGCGCUUUACGACUUAACACCAUCGCCGUAUCGUACGUUUACAGUAGUCAUGCUGCCAAUUUGGAAUUUUGGGUCCAAAUAUUUGGUAAUACGUGCCACGCGUGAAUUGGAAGACUUCAUACCGCAAAUUAUAAGUUUCACUGUGGAUUUGUACACUUCUCUUUUCAUAUCUGUGUGCAUGUCAAGUGCUGGAUCUUUGCUCUUAACUGCAUUAUUCAUUUUUGUCGAUUUGGCACUCACGUUUCUGGAAUACCGCGAACUACGAGCCAAUGCAUUUGUGGUAUAUCAAUUACUAAACCAGCAAUGUAUGCCCCAGGGUUAUCUGCAGUCAACAUCCUCGACUGAAUCGCCGGAUUUGCUUGGAAUGGUUCUAUCAGUCACACGAGAUCCCUGCGGUGCUAAUAUAGCUCUAAUGCGCGGUGUGCGAUUGCAUGCAUGUCUACCGCAUCCCCUUCCAGAGCAUCGAUUUAAACAACUUCAAAUUCUCGCAGCAUCAGGAUUUUCAACCGAUCGCGCCAAACCUCGUGAAUGUUUUAACGAGACAGCCGACACAAAAAGCCGCUCACCGCACUGGAGUACAUGA